GCGAACGCGCCGCGCCGCUUGGCCCCGCCGCCGCGCCGUAGGGGUCGCCAUGGCGGACGUGUCCGAGAGGGCGCUGCAGCUGUCGGUGCUGCUGGCCUUCGCGUCCGGGGUCGUCGUGGGCUGGCAGGCGAGCUGGCUGCGGAGGCGCUACCUGGACUGGCGGAAGCGGCGGCUGCAGGACAAGCUGGCGGUGACGCAGAAGAAGCUGGACCUGGCCUGAAGCCCCCGCGCGGGCGCCGGGGAGGCCCCGAGCCGCGCGCGCCCCGCACUCCCCGCCCGCCUGCGCGCGCUGUCGUUUGUUGAAGAUGGAUAUAGAGCACUGGAUGGAAUACUCUCCUCUUACGCUUUAUGGAUCACUUUUAUUUUUAAAAUAAAACUUUAAACAUCUUUGGACAUUUUUCAAAGUGGAAA